AUGUGCACUGUUGUUUGUUUAAUCUCUAUAUUCAGCUGCAUAAAGUGUUGGAAAAUACCGCCAGCGUUUAGUCUUAAAUUGAAAACAGAGAAGAAAAGCAGUUUGUUUUUUCCGGGAGGAAUAGGGACUUCAUCAUGUCCCACAAUAUCUCAGAAUAGUAGAGAAAGACCAAUGGACUGUGAAGAGGUAUUGCGCAGUGGUCGCAAUAAGAGCGGCGUCUAUACUAUCUGGCCGAGAAACAGGAUAAUGGAAGACAGAUCAAUCGAUGUUUUCUGUGACAUGAAUACCGACGGAGGAGGAUGGACGGUGAUACAAAGAAGAGGAAAUUUCAGCAGACCAAUCGAUUAUUUUUUUAAGACUUGGUCAAGUUACAAAGUAGGAUUCGGGGACAUUGAAAAAGAUUUUUGGUUAGGUAAUGACAACAUAUAUGCCUUGACCAAUCAGCGCCUUGAUUCAAUUCGAUUCUAUUUGAAAGCCGUCGACGGAGAAAAGAGAUAUGCCCUCUACGAUCUUUUUUGGAUAGAAGAUGAAAGCAACAAAUACAGAUUGCAUAUUGAUAGCUACAGGGGGGAUGCAGGUGAUUCCAUGCAUGAAAGACAAAACCACCAGUAUUUCAGCACUAAGGACCAGGACAAUGACAACACUACAGAGAGCUGUGCCCUCAAGUAUAAAGGUGGAUGGUGGUACGGGAAAUGUCAUCAGUCCAAUUUAAAUGGUAUUUAUCGCAGGGGCGUGUUUGAAGGUGCCGCAGACGGAUUCAGCUGGUACACAUUUAAAGGACAAAACGAAGAACUAGAUACAACAGAAAUGAAGAUAAGGUCAAAGAAUUUCCGUAAAACUUUGAUGUCAAUGGAUACUCCAAUGUAGCGAAGGACAAUAAGAUAAUUAUUGAAUAUAUUUCUUAAAUGUAUUUUGAGUAGAUAUUAUUUUGGUUAUAAUCUUCUUGUAUUUGAGCAAUAAAUUCUAAUGUGAGUGUUUUGAUA